AUGUCAAGAGAUAAAAUAGGACUACAGAUAAGAACUGAAUUAUUUGAUCAUGGCGUUUUUCCUUGUCCACAGCGUCUUAAUCAAAGCUCAAUCGUAAAUCUUGUUAAAUCCCUUUAUCUUUCAGCAUCCCACGAUGGAAAAAUUACUAUUUCUCAAUGAGCUGAAGCUGCAAUUAAGCAGCUUUCUCUUACUCUUCAAGAAGCAGAAAUCUACUUCGAACUCUUUAGAAGUUUAGCCUACGAGCGUAAGCCCCAGCAGCCAAUAAUCGAUAUAAAGCCAUUUGCAAUAUUUUUAAUAUUACAGCUUUAUAGCACUGCUACAACAAGAAUCAGCUUAGAAAAUGCUUCAAGUCUCACUUCUAAAUUCAACAGUGACGGUCCAGGCUUCUCUGCCUCAGGCACUUAUCCAAGUCCAGCUUCCUCUCCUCGAGCUAAAGCAGUUAGAGGCUUUUUAUUCAGUCAGCCUGCUUCAGAUUUUCAAAUGAGCCAUCAAUUUGUAUAUUUAAUUAUAAUGAAAGUUCAGACUCAUUAUUAUUUUAUAAUUUAUAUAAAAAAGUCUAUUAAAUUAGGUAUAAAAAGCAACUUGAAAUUAUUGAUGAAAGUUAUUAGCGCAGAUUUACAAGCAGCUGAGGUUGCUUUAACUUCAACUGAAUUCAACUCAUUAGGAUUUUUAUGUAUCCCUACAACUGGCACUCCUGAAGUCCCUAUAAGCAGAAUGGUUCCUUUUUACCAAACCAAACCACAAACAGCAAGGGUUCAUUCUGAUGAUCUUUCAGAAUGGAUCAACAGAAAACUUGUGUGCGUUACUAAUGAAUCAGUAGCUGAAAGGCCUGGAGUUCUUUUAUUGACUGGGCUUAACCGAAGUGUAGUUAUUAAAGGACAAAAUGAGUGCCAAGGAAAAGAUAUAAGGCUUUCUAAUUGUGAAGAAAGCUACGUGUAUUCAUUUUUAAUUUAAUUUACCUACAGAAAAAUUAUUUAAAAAUAUGGAAAAUUUAAGGAAAACAGCUAUAUAUAAAUACAGCCGUAAAACAAAUAUCAAUGAUCAACUGUCGAGAAGUGACGCUAUAUGUGGCUGCUGUUUCUAAGGUAGCGACUAUGGAUAAAUGCGAACUAUGCACAAUAGCAUUGGCAUCAAAUAUGCUGAGGGUUGGAAACUCAGUGGACUGCACAGUUUAUACUUAUUCUCCUUUUCCUCCAGUUUUAUAUGGAGAUAAUAGGGGGAUUACAUUAGGCCCUUUUAAUGUGUAUUAUCCUGAAGUUAUCAGAAUGUUAGAAGCCGCAGAAAUUCCUAACAGCAGCAUAAACCCAAAAUGCAUUCACAACUGGUCAGCACCUAUAGAAAUGAAUUCAGAACAGUCAGGACACUGUUUCACAUUAUUGCAGCCAAAAGACUUUUUUAAGCUUGUACUCCCAAGCCAAUUCGGUGCUCAAAAUCCUGUCCUUCAGCUAACCCCAGAAGAAUUUGUAAGCGCUAUAAGGAUCCGCGAAGAAUAUUUCGCAAGUAUCCAAGGCGCCAUUGCAAAAGCAGGUUUAAACGAAGAACAAGAGAGAAGGCUGCAUUUAUCAAUCCAAGGAUACUUCCGGGAGUGGCUUGUGUCUUCUGGACACGUUAAAGGUCCUUUAGAAUUAGUAAGAAUGAUUGAUCAAGAAUAA